AUGCCGGACAAGCAGCAAUACGAAGUGUGUAAUGAAAUAAAAAGGACUACGCCGGAUGCUACUGUUACAAAUGAUAUAGCAAGAGAGAUAGGCUCAAACUACAGAACACUGCCGAGUUUUGAGAAAGGAUUAUUUGAAUACGUUUAUAGAAAACAUUACUCGCUACAACGGAACGAGCUUUUGAAGUGUCGAUGGAAGGAUUACAAGAAACAUAUUGAGGAGCGCGUCUUCGCUCCAUUUCAAUUUCCAUCAACAAGAGACUUACAUUUCUACAACGGCUGUAUUCGAUUCUUGCCGUCGGAAUCGAUACAUCGAUAUCAAAGUUACUCGAUGAAACUCAAGCCUGGUCCGGGUGUGGACUUCCGUGGACAGAUACCGAUACCACAGGAACUGUUGAUGAAACGAGGAAGAAUCAAAAAGGAGAAUGCCAAGACGAAAUAA